AUGAUCAAAGAAAACACAAGGCCACAUGAUUUCAAAUUGCACACCGAACAAAGGGCCAUCAAACGUGCAAUGUUCAACUAUUCGGUAGCAACAAAAUUAUUUGUGAUAGAACAGCAGAAGAAACAAAAAGAACAAUUGCACAAGAUGAUAGAAGAGGAAGAGAUUCGUUUGCUAAGAAAAGAAAUGAUUCCCAAAGCUCAGUUAAUGCCUUUUUUUGACAAACCCUUUUCUCCUCAAAGAUCAAAAAGACCAUUGACAAUUCCUAGAGAGCCAAGUUUCCGUCUAAUGAGAACCAAAUCUUGGAAUUGCUUUCCCAACACUGAAUUUGAGGCUUAA